AUUCAGACACUAUCAGCUGAGUCUGCAUUCAGCAACAAGCUCUCGUCACCAAUAAAUGACCAGAUACCGACAAAAUGGGUAUCUCAGGGGGCAUUACAUGGGGCUGCUGGAGAUUUCAUGAUUACUUCAACAUACUCCAUCAUUGCAACUACUCAAGGUUCCUUGAAUUCCAAAUACCCAGCACUUGUCAUCAGC